AUGGGCUCGGUUUGCAGCACGGCAUGCGUGGAGCCCGAUUCUUGGUGCGCCAAAGAUGUGCAACAAGCAGCAUGUCCGUCGCCCAGGACUUUUCAACAUCUUGAAGCAAGCGAUUCUCAGGUCUUGCGGCAGGAAAGUCUUCUGUCAGAUGAGACAGAUGAAGCACACGAUGUUUUUAGUGAAGACUCCACUGGCACCACUUGCGGAGACCUGAUGAGUAAGGUCGAUUCCAUGAAAAGCCAAUUGAGCGAAAAGUCAUUGCUUGUUGAUGUGGGUGAUGUGGUCCUUCAGCGAGAACUUUGCAGCACCUUCAAGAGCAGGGUGUUUGUUGCAAGCUGGCAGGGGCGAUUUGUGGCUGCAAAGCAGUUGAAAAUGAGCGAAGCAGGUGAUGCAGAUGAUGAUGCCAAAUUCAAGGAGAUGAUGAAUGAUAUUGACAUCUUCAGCAAACUCAGCCAUCCUUGCCUUGUGAAUAUGCUUGGUGCUAGCGUUGACCGAAGGCAUCCGAUUUUGCUCACUGAGUUCCUGGAGAAUCAGGAUCUUGAAACCUACAUGCACAAGCAGCGCAAAGCUUCCAUUGAUGGUUUCUGGAAGCCCCGUUUCUCCUUAGCCGCUCAGUGGGCGAUCGCCACGGGUGAGGCACUGGCAUAUUUGCAUGGCCGAGGCAUCGUGCACCGAGAUUUAAAGCCCCUCAACAUGCUACUGACCAGGAACUUGGAGGUGAAGAUCGGUGAUUUUGGAUUGGCAAAGGUGAUGCCAGGAGGCUGUCCCGGUAGCUCACGCGAUGAAGUACCCAAGAUGUCAGGAGGUGUUGGCACUUGGCGAUAUAUGGCUCCAGAGGUUGCCCGAUACGAAGCUUAUGAUGAAAAAGUGGACAUCUAUGCCUUCAGCUUGAUCUUGUACUUGAUCUUUUCAGGGCUGCAGCCCUUCGGUUCCUACAGCAAGGACCUCACCAAGCUCUUGGAUGCAUACCAAGCGGGUGAGGAACCCCGACCCUCUUUGGAGGUGUCGAUGGGAGCAGACAAGCUCCGCCAGCUAGUGGCAGACGCUUGGCAUGUGAAGGCCUCUGAAAGGCCAUCAGCUGAGGAGUGCUUGUGUCGCCUUGAGCAGAUCGAGGUGCACAGCCUCAAAAGGACCCUCAAGAACUGGGUCAAGAGGCUGAGGGGCGUCCUUUAA